GUGGGUUGUGUUAUAAUACAUAUACUGUAGCAUUAUUCCUUAUAUACUGUUAUAUAUACUAUUCUAUUCUAUUAUAUCUACUAUCUCUCAUCGCUGCCGAACCCUACCGCAAAUUGGCCCCGGUCCGAGAUCCGAACAAGGUUCAGAGCGGUCGAGACGCAGCACCAACGAACGCGCGUCCACUUUAUCGGUCUCCGCCUCUUUUUAAGCUGCUCCUCCUCCUCCCCUCCUCCUCCUCAUCAGCAUCACCACCUUCUUCUCAUAGUCAUCACCAUGAAGGGCUCUCUAUCCCUCCUCGCUCUGGCGCUCACCGCCUCCGCGUCCCCCCUCUCCUUCCUCACAAACAGCGCCCCCGAACAGGUCCUAUCUCAGCCCUCUCAACACACCCUCACCCGCCCCUCCGUCGACGAAGCAGCCGUCCAGGCCCGCAAACUCAUCAAAUCAGAGGCCUUCGCAGACAUGAACACCGUCUUCCAGUCCGGCCCCCUUGCCGGAUCCGCCAUCGGCCUCCUCGAGUACUACGCCGACUGCUCCGAAGACGGCUCCCUCACCCUCCUCAUGGUCGAAGUCGGCCACAACUACAAAAACUGGCUCGAGGGCUCCCCCGUCUCCUUCUCGAUCAAGUACUCCCCCAAGUUCUUCUCCCUCUCCCCCGCCUCCGAGCCCCGCGCCUCCCUCGUCGGAAACAUCUCCUACGUCGAGGACGAAGAAGAGAUCAAAAAGGCCAAGCUCUGCUUCCUCCACCGCCACCCCGACGCUAAGGCCUGGCUCCCCGGCAACAAGAUCCACAAGACCGCCUUCAUGACCUUCGUCCCCGAGUCCGUCUACUGGCUCGGCGGCUUCGGCAACGUCGCCUACAUCGGUGACAUUCCCAUCGACAUGUACAAGAACGUCACCCUCGACCAUCCCCAUCCUUCCCUCCCUCACUUCCCUCCUCACCACGGUGACGGCCCUGACGACGGUGACGACGAGUACGAGCCCAAGCACCCCAACGGCGAGCGCCCUCCUUAUGGUGCUGAUACUGAGGGUCAGGCCCCUCCUCCUCCCCCUGGUCCUGAUGGUCAGGCCCCGCCUCCUCCUCCUGGUCCUCAUGGCCAGCGCCCCCCUCCCCCUCCUCCCCAUGGACCUUCUGGCCAUGAGGGUCACUACCCUCCCCCUCCUCCCCCUCCCCAUGGACCUUCUGACCACGACGGUCACUACCCCCCUCCCCCUCCUCCCCACCACGCUCCUUCUGACCAUGACGGCUACUACCCCCCUCCUCCCCCUCCCCACGGUCCCUCCGACCACGAGGGUGACCACGACGAUGACUACCCUCCCCCUCCCCCUCCUCACCACGGCCCUCCUUCCGACCACGACGACGACGAUGACGACGAGGAAGACGAGCAUUUUCCGCACUUCAGACCCGACCCUUCCUUCCGCCGUGGCCGCAAGCCCCACUUUGACGACGACGACGACGAGCCCCGCCGCUUCCGUGGCCCGCGUCGCAUGCGCCAUGAGUUUGAGCACGAGGAGGAGGAAGACGAUGACGAGGAGGAGGACAAGCACGAGCGCAAGUUUACUCCUCGCCCGCCUCGCUUCGGCAACCGCGAGCCUUCCGAGCGGUUUCCCGGCGCCCGCGGUCGCCGCCCCGAAGGCUACGGUCGCCCCGGCCCUAGUUUGAGAGAAUUACACGGUCGCUCGCAGGAUCUGAUGCAAUGCCUGCACGAGGACGAAAGACUGAUUCUCGACUCUGACGAGUCCACUGUCGUCGACGCCAUCCGCCGGUGCCAGAAGCUGAUCAAUAAGCGCAUGAACAAGGCCGGCAAGAAGGGAUGCCACGACAAGGCCGGCAAGAAGACCCACGGCGGCGAGAUGCAGAUGCCUCCUCGCGACGGCCCUCGUCGCGAGAGAGCGAUGCAGGCGCAGCGGGAUGACGAGUCUUCUGUCUACGGCUACGUCCGCAGGAUCUUCUUUGCUUAAGCGUUUUUUCUUUGUUUUUUUUUACUGCGAGUGAAGCGUUUGUUUUGUUUAUGGGAUUUCGGCUUUGCUUUGUUUUGUAUUCUCUCUAUAUAAAUCUCAGUUUCAUUUGAGGUUUCAAUAUAGCAAUCUUUUCUGCAAUCUUUUUUACCUACAAUCUAUCGGUGACUUUUAUCUAUCGAUUACACUUUUUUUCUUUCUCUUUUUUUAUAUUACUAUCAUAUUUGUUUUUUCAUUAUUUGGUGUUAUUUAUAAAUGGAGAAUUUACAAAAUUAUGAU